GGAGGAGCGGAGGGAAAGGUAUCAUCAGCAGCAACAGCAGUGCAGCACAAAAACGAAAAGAACGGGGAAGGUGUGGAGAGAGAGAGCAAGAGAGAGAGAAAGAAAAGAUGAGUUUUGAAGAAGACUGAGCCCUUUGCCGCAGACAUGACCACGGGCUCAUCAGUCAACCGGACGUAACCUUGACGAUCCUCGUCUGCUGCUGCCACACACUGGAGCACAGUCGAGAGUGUGUGUAUGUGUCUGUGUGUGUGCGAGGAUGUGCUCAGGCGUUGCUAUGAGAUUCAGAGACCCGCUUCAUCAUCCGUGUUCUCUUGCAUGUGUGCUCCUUUAGUGUUCGGCUCAACUAAUGGGAAAAGAGAGCCUGCAGUGACCGUCAAGUAAGUGAGUGUGUGUGAGUUUGGGUUGAGUGUGCAUGUGGAGGAAAGGGUAGAAAAGGUCAGAUAGGUGUAGAGAGUGUGUAUUUGUAGCACAGGGUACGAUGCAAGAGCAGGUAGAGCGUUCUACACUCUGAAAGAGAGAUAACACAGUGAAGGUGGCCAGUGUGUGUGCAUGUGUGAGAGACUGAGAGAUGCAUUAUGGUUGAAGUCUCUCAGCCUCAGCAUCAUCAGAUUUUCUGCUGCAGAUGCUACACUAGCUCAUCUCCGCACUAGAGCGCUUCCCUGACACACACGCACGCUCAGACGCACACAGCUGUGGCUUCAAGAGGAGCCCCAAGAAUCCCGUCAAAGGUAAACUGAGGGACACUGGAAGAGUUGCCGAGGGCAAAGGUCGUGACAGCUGAGGCUGAAGGUUAGAGGAGGAGUGAGAGCCAUAAACGCGGCAUCAUGGGCGAGUGGACUAUACUGGAGAGAUUGUUGGAGGCUGCGGUGCAGCAGCACUCUACUAUGAUCGGCAGGAUCCUGCUGACAGUGGUGGUGAUAUUCCGGAUCCUGAUCGUGGGUAUAGUGGGAGAGAAGGUGUACGAGGACGAACAGAUUAUGUUUAUCUGUAACACACUGCAACCAGGCUGCAACCAGGCCUGCUACGAUAAAGCCUUCCCCAUCUCCCAUAUCCGUUACUGGGUUUUCCAGAUCAUCUUGGUGUGUACACCCAGCCUCUGUUUUAUCACUUACUCAGUGCACCAGUCGGCCAAGCACAAAGAUCGCAGUUACACCCUCCUGCAUGGCCCGUACAUCGACCACGGGCACGGGACGAGCCGCAAGCUCCGCAACAUCAACGGUAUCCUGGUGCACCCGGAAAGCAAAGACAACCGUGAAUGUCUGGAUUUGAAAGACAUUCCCAACAUUCCGCCAGGGGCCACAUACUCCAAAAGUGCCAAGAUUCGUCAGCAGGAGGGCAUCUCCCGUUUUUAUGUCAUACAAGUGGUGUUCCGGAACGUUCUGGAAAUCGGCUUUCUCGCUGGCCAGUACUUCCUUUAUGGAUUCAACGUUCCCGCCAUGUUUGAGUGUGACCGCUACCCUUGCGUGAAGGAGGUCGAAUGCUACGUGUCACGUCCCACUGAGAAGACAGUUUUCCUGGUGUUCAUGUUCGCAGUUAGCGGGAUCUGCGUGGUGCUAAAUUUGGCUGAGCUCAACCAUCUGGGCUGGCGGAAGAUUAAGACGGCCAUUCGUGGUGCCCAGGCUCGCAGGAAGUCCAUUUGUGAGAUCCGGAAAAAGGAUGUGUCCCACCUUUCCUCUGUGCCCAACCUGGGCCGCACCCAGUCUAGCGAAUCAGCCUAUGUCUGACAGCGAAUAGGGGAGGGGCUUAGACGAGGUUGGGAGUGGCUGACGAGGCAACGGCCACGCCCGGUGCUGCAGACUUGACAUUGCAAAUUUUAUGCAUAGUUUGGACAGGGUGAAGGAGGGUGAAAACAAAAAAAUAGCAAAAUGACUGGAGUAAAUCAGAUUUGGCAUUCUAAACUUUAUGGAGAAUAAAACUGCUUUUUCGGACUUUAAUGAUGACCGCUGGGGAACAGAGUGGGACUCAUACUUAGCAGACAUACACAGUAACACAACACACACUCACACACAUACUGAUUUCCCUGAGCCCUGCUUAACCACAAAGUCUUCCAAAAGAAAAAGAGAAAUUUAAGAAACAAAACUGAUUCGAGUUGCUUGAUGUCAAAAGAGAUGGAAAGAUGGAGGGAUGAAGCUAGAGGGCAGCUCAGCAUUGUAAAGUUUCAAAAUGUUUUCCAUGGUCAAUGCUGAGACAUCCUCUUAUAGUCUGAACAACUGGAAAGAGAAAAAAAGGAGGACAAACAAAAGAGUAUAAAACCGUAUACCUCAGCACAGACUCCUCUACGCCUCUCCCCCACUUGCUUUCUUUCAUUUUCUGUAUCUUUCUGCAGAGUUUUAUAGAUAUAGCUAUUAAGUAUACAAGGCAAGAAGAGAAAACGAACAUUUAUCUACUGAUGAGCCACCCCCACGUUUGCUGGAGGGCCAUAAGAGAUUCCAUCCUCAUGUAAAAAUCAACAUUGACACACCACAGUCCCCAGUCCAAAUCCUAGAAUCCCUCUGUUUUCCCAACCCCUCCAUUCAUUACUGUACAUAUCUCAGAAUAUCGAUAUUGCAGCAUCCAUGUAUUUCACACAUUGAAGUGUAGCUUUUGCCAUUAUUUAAAAAGAAUUACACAUUGAUUGCCAAAAACAAAAAAGAAAGAGAGAGAAAAAAAAACGAAAUUGUGUUGUUUAUCUGCAUUUGUUCUGUAAUGGACAGGAAAAAUUGUGAUUUUAUACUGUGGGCAUUUCCAGACAAAGGCAUGUUAUGAUGCAUCAUUAGAAUGGCUAGAUAGUGUUACGAGCUGUGUAUAGAAACAGACUGUUUCUUUUUUUUGCACCCGAUAUUUUUGAGGUGUAUUCUGAAGCAUGCGAGAGGAGAUCUAUAGCUCUAUGGGAAUGGCAGAGAGAGUCUAUACUGAGUAAGGCUCCAAUGCAGCAAUAAUAUAAAAAGAUAUACAUAAAUUAUAAAUAAAUAUAUGUCAUAAAAAUAAACAAAUAAACUAUUAAAGAAAUAAAUGGAAUAUAAUGG